ACAGCACUAGUGACAGCACGCGUGACAGCGGCAGUAACAGCAUUACAGUAUCAAGCCGGCGGCGUCAGGGUGCAAGCCACCGCCGCCGGUCAGGACUGCACGCGGCGUUGGCCCAGAUGGGGGUGUCGCGCGCGCCCUCGGGCUCAGCCGCGCUGUCAGCGCCGGCCGCUGAGGCCCUGCGUGCUGCCCCCCGCCGGCGGCGCCCCAGCGACUGCACAGGCAGCCGCUUCACCGCAUCAGGCGGUUCCACAAGCACUGGCGCGGGACUGGGCGUUCAAGAUCAGGGCUGCAGGCGGCGGCGGCGCAGGCGGGCGCAGCGGUGGCGCUUCGGCGGUGGCCCUCCACAGGCCAUGGCUGCUGUCGUCGCCAGCGCACAAGCUGGACCUGGGCCGCCUCCCGCCAGCGGCGCCCCAGCGGCUGCACAGGCAGCCGCUCCACCGCAUCAGGCGGCUCCACAAGCACUGGCGCGGGACUGGGCGUUCAAGAUGAGGGCUGCAGGCGGCGGCGGCGCGGUCUUUCCCGCCCCGCCGCCGUCCGUGGACGUGGCCCAGGCCCCCGCCUCCCCGACAAUGCGGCGCAGGUCAAGUGCAAUACCUGCUGGCGCGGCAGCCGUGGGAGCGCUUCGGCGGCCCACAGGUGCGGGCGGAGCCGAUGGGCACACCCACCGGCUCUGGAGACCUGACGGAGGCGAGGAGCAUCUGCAGGCGCUGGAGGCCAUGGCUGCUGUCGUCGCCAGCGCACAAGCUGGACCUGGGCCGCCUCCCGCCGGCGGCGCCCCAGCGGCUGCACAGGCAGCUGCUCCACCGCAUCAGGUGGCUCCACAAGCACUGGCGCGGGACUGGGCGUUCAAGAUGAGGGCUGCAGGUGGCGGCGGCGCGGUCUUUCCCGCCCCGCCGCCGUCCGUGGACGUGGCCCAGGCCCCUGCCUCCCCGACAAUGCGGCGCAGUGUAGCGGCGGCGUGACGUGGCGUGUGGCGUGGCGCGUGGCGGCGCGGCACGUAGUGGCGCGUGAUGGGUCACCGCGUGCCGAGUCCCUAUUUAAGCUCCGGGCUGCGGGGCGAUGGGGGGCACGUGAGGUCGCAGCAGGGGACCACUGGGCGCAUACCGGCAGCGAGUGAUGCGUGUGGAGACAUUGCCUUGGACAACGCGGAACAUGGGCGUGGGCGUUGCAGCCGUGGGCGUUGCAGCUGUCCACAGCGCCCUGCGGGAGCGCUCGGGUGCUGCUGCUGGCUAGCUCGUGCAUUGGGGUCUUGCCAGGGUCGUCCUAGGGCGGCGCGGCUUAGCCGGCCAACAUUCAACUGAGCCUGCAUCGUACCGUGGGUAUGGUGGCUGCGAUGCCGACCUUGUGCCUCGUUGUUGCUCUUCCCCGUGCUCAGGUCAAGUGCAAUACCUGCUGGCGCGGCAGCCGUGGGAGCGCUUCGGCGGCCCACAGGUGCGGGCGGAGCCGAUGGGCACACCCACCGGCUCUGGAGACCUGACGGAGGCGAGGAGCAUCUGCAGGCGCUGGAGGUGGGAGCGGUUCGGGGCGAUGUCCCACGCUUUGUCAGGUUGCACUUCAUUUCGACUUUCCAUCUGGGUGGUUAUGUGGCUGGGAUGAGUGCACCGCAUGGCCCAAGCGAACAACAGUACAGUAGUGCGGGUGGCCCGGCCUGGCUGCAUUGGCGCGGCAGGAGGCGUGAGGGCGGUACGGGCCACGCUGACUGUCCACAGCAGCUGUGCGCGGUGGCAUUCAGCAGGGGGCAGGUAGGUGCCAGAGCGCUUGGUGUUGUGGCUAGCAGGUGAAUGCACAUUGAGCAGCGACUGGAAUGUCCGGUGCAGGCUCGGGCACGCAGAGGCUAGUAGAACAGGGAUGGCGGGCGGAGGCAUGCGCCGUGUGCGCCGGGUACAUGGACGCACGUGUGGUAACAGCUGUGGUCGCCGUUUACACUUCUUGGUCCUACCCACAUGUGCACCGCAUUGCAGGGGACUCCUAUGCCGAGAAGCUCAGCAUCAGCUGUGCAGGAGCGGGCGUGCGGGAGAGGAACGGAGGCGCGCUGGGGGCAGAGGGCGGCACGGCGCAUGGGCUCGAGCUGGUGCAGGAGGUGGGUGCGGCGGUGGAGGGGGCGUGGUGGGGCCUGCGUGUGCGGCGGAGGCUUCGCGAUGUGGGCCAUCGGCCUGUGCGAGCUAGCGGGAUGUGGGUAAGCGCCGCGCGUUUUGGGUACAGAAUACUGAAUUACAAUUAGUUUGCGCGGCGUUGGCGUCUGGAGGUGGCCCUGUGCGUUGGUCGCGUUUUGGCACAGGUGAGCCGCGGUUGGGUCAAACAACCGCCUGCAUUGCGCUGACUUUCUCGGCUCAGC